CAUAAUAUGAUAAGAUGUCUGACAAUCAAAUCUGUAAUGUUGCAACUAAAAGAGGGGCGAAAAAUACCGGAGGGACAUUUUAACUCAUAGAUCGAAAAUAAACUAACAUAUCGAAAUUGAACAAAGUGCAGGCGCCCUGGUUGACGGACUCCCAUAUGACCGAAACAUAAGUUAAUUGUACAGUUGACCUUUAAAGUGUGGUGAUCGAUUACAACAAAAUAAUAGAAAUAACUCUUGAAUCUAUAAAAGAGGAUUUUUUUUUGUAUUUCUUACACAUAUUUGAUCGAUGUUUGUCAUGUGACUGCAGUAUUGGAUUUCAUUCAGUUGAUACAUAAUUAAAACAUGUAGUGAUGUAGGAACAAAUAAGUGUUUAAAUAAUCCACCAUGUUAAACAGUUCAUUGAUUGGAACGAUAAGUGAAUCACACACUAGAUAAUAAUAGUUUAAAUUAUAUAUUUAGACUGGAUUUUCCUACGUGCAGUUUCUUGUUAUUACAUAUGAUAAAUUACAAGACUUUUAGCACACACAUAUCACGUUAUUUAAUGCAAGUUGAAACUGACUAUGGAGCUUGGUGGUAUAGACUUGAAUAUCAGCACAAAUAUCAUGGAAAACAGCAGUAAUAUAACAAAUGGAACAACUAGAAUGGAUUAUUAUGGUGUGAAAUUAACCGUUCUGUUUAGUGUGUGGUUAAUACUCAUUAUCAUAUUUGCAGUCAUAGGAAAUAUAUUGGUUAUGUUAGCGAUUGUGCGGGAUAAGGACGUUCAGCGGAAGGAUAACGGCACCAAUUUAUUUCUUUUCAAUCUUGCAUUAUCUGAUGUGAUGACAGCAGUAUGUGUUGCGCCUGUUUCGCUUUAUACUCUUAUUCACGAGGGAUGGCAGUUCGGAACUAUAUUUUGUAACUUGAAUCUCAUUCUUAACGUGAUAUUUUUGUUUACUUCUAUUCAUAGUUUGAUGUAUAUGAGUAUUCAUAAAUAUCUAUCUGUAAAACGAUUAUCAGAAUGUGAUAAAAGACCUGUCAACCGACGUGUUUGUUACGGUAUGAUUGCAGGAUCAUGGAUGUGGGGACUUUUUUUUGCCCUGCUUACGACAUUUGUUUUAACUGAAGCUGAGUAUAAAGUUAAAACAACACAAUGUGGUCCGAAAUAUCCGAUUUUUGAAACUAAAUCUGUAGUCCUGUCUUUGGGCAAUUUAUUAUUAAACAUAGUGCUUCCAUUUAUAAUUAUGCUCGUUAUGUACUUGAAGAUAUUCUAUAUAAUAAGAGGUACUGCAGACUUUAGACGUCAGUCUUCCCGCCGUGAUUCUAGCUUAAAAAGGACGGAUGGUGAGAAAGCUGCAAUAAAUACCCUCAUUAUUGUCUUAGCGUGUUUCAUAAUAUGUUGGCUUCCAUACUUGUUCUACACCAACUAUGUAUUCUUCAUUCCGGACAGGGAUUCUAUUCCAGCCUUUCUUAAUCCAUUGGCUUAUUAUUUUGGAUUUACAAACAGCGCCUGCAAUCCCGUUAUUUAUGCAUUUCGGUUUCCUGAUUUUAAAAGAGGCUACCUAGAAAUUCUGCAAAAGUUUUCCUGCUGUAGUCGGAGUACAUCGUUUAAUUGCGUACAGAAUACAGAUCUCAAAGAAAGAAUUGAUUUGAUAGAAAAUAACGCAGACAAAACAAACAUACAGAAGGAUAAUAUAUAAUAAUGGAGACCUUAGGGAAUUAUGUCAUUGGUUAGUGAGAUCCUUGAUAAAGUAAAAUGACAAAUAAAUACUGUGUUGUAGUUGUGUAACAAUAAUAUUCUACUGCAUUGUUUAUAUUUGCCUCCUAGAUGGUAUCUCGGGAUAUAGAUUCUAUACAAGAGGAGUCUUUAGUUUUUUAGUGUUUUAAGC